AUAGCAUUUUUGCAAGGAGAAAGAAAAGGACAAGAAAACUUGAAGAAGGAUUUAGUAAGAAGAAUAAAGAUGUUAGAGUAUGCAUUAAAACAAGAAAGGGCAAAAUAUCACAAAUUAAAAUAUGGCACAGAACUGAACCAAGGUGAUUUGAAAAUGCCAACCUUUGAAUCAGAAGAAACCAAAGACACAGAAGCUCCCACAGCACCUCAGAAUAGCCAGUUAACGUGGAAGCAAGGCAGACAACUGUUAAGACAAUAUCUUCAGGAAGUAGGUUACACAGAUACAAUAUUAGAUGUCCGAUCUCAGCGGGUAAGGUCAUUACUUGGACUAUCCAGUUCAGAACCAAAUGGAUCGGUAGAAACAAAGAACUUAGAACAGAUCCUGAAUGGAGGUGAAUCUCCUAAGCAAAAAGGACAAGAAAUCAAAAGGCCCUCUGGUGAUGUUCUUGAGACAUUCAAUUUUUUAGAAAAUGCUGAUGACAGUGAUGAAGAAGAGGAAAAUGACAUGAUUGAAGGCAUCCCAGAAGGAAAAGAUAAACAUCGGAUGAAUAAACACAAAAUAGGUAAUGAAGGUUUAGCUGCUGACCUAACUGAUGAUCCUGAUACUGAGGAAGCACUGAAAGAAUUUGAUUUUUUAGUGACUGCUGAAGAUGGUGAAGGAGCUGGAGAAGCACGGAGUUCAGGGGAUGGCACAGAAUGGGAUAAAGAUGACCUCUCCCCACCUACUGAGGUUUGGGAUGUAGACCAGGGGCUAAUAAGUAAACUGAAGGAACAGUACAAGAAGGAACGAAAGGGGAAGAAAGGGGUGAAGAGUAACAGGACAAAACUCUAUCACAAGAUAGCUGAUCUGGGAGAUAAGCUGCCCCUUAUCCCUUCACGAAUGAUUAGUCAGUCUAGUUCAGCCUCUAUUAGAAUGACUGAUCAUGAAGUUGUAAGAGCAAAGGAAGCUGAACCAAUAACGUUUCCAUCUGGAGGAGGCAAGUCAUUUAUUAUGGGUUCUGAUGAUGUUUUGUUAAGUGUACUGGGCCUUGGAGACCUUGCAGACUUGACGGUAACAAAUGAUGCAGACUAUAGUUAUGAUUUGCCUGCCAAUAAAGAUGCCUUUCGAAAGACAUGGAAUCCCAAGUAUACACUACGUAGCCAUUUCGAUGGAGUACGGGCAUUAGCUUUUCAUCCUGUAGAACCUGUGCUGGUUACUGCCUCUGAGGACCAUACUCUGAAACUUUGGAACUUGCAAAAAACAGUUCCUGCCAAAAAGAGUGCCUCUUUAGAUGUAGAGCCUAUCUACACAUUUAGGGCCCACAUUGGUCCUGUUCUAUCACUAGCUAUUAGUUCUAAUGGAGAACAGUGUUUUAGCGGUGGUAUAGAUGCAACCAUCCAGUGGUGGAAUAUGCCUAGCCCUAACGUGGAUCCAUAUGAUACAUAUGAGCCAAAUGUUCUAGCUGGCACUUUAGUUGCACAUACAGAUGCUGUCUGGGGUCUUGCUUAUAGUGGCAUAAAAAAUCAAUUACUGUCUUGUUCAGCAGAUGGCACUAUUAGGUUAUGGAAUCCACAAGAAAAAUUGCCAUGUAUUUGCACUUACAAUGGAGACAAGGAGCAUGGAAUCCCUACAUCAGUUGACUUUAUAGGCUGUGAUCCAGCUCAUAUGGUGACCUCUUUCAACACUGGUAGUACAGUAAUUUAUGAUUUAGAAACAUCACAAUCAUUGGUGAUGCUUUCCUCACAGAUAGAUUCUGGUUUACAAUCCAAUAAUCACAUUAACAGAGUAGUAAGUCAUCCCACACUUCCUGUUACAAUAACUGCUCAUGAAGAUAGACACAUCAAAUUUUUUGAUAAUAAAACGGGUAAAAUGAUCCAUUCUAUGGUAGCUCAUUUGGAUGCUGUUACAAGUCUAGCAGUAGAUCCUAAUGGAAUCUAUUUGAUGUCUGGAAGCCAUGACUGUUCUAUUAGAUUAUGGAAUUUGGACAGCAAGACAUGUGUACAAGAAAUAACAGCACAUAGGAAGAAAUUAGAUGAAUCAAUUUAUGAUGUUGCUUUCCAUCCAUCAAAAGCAUAUAUUGCCAGUGCAGGGGCUGAUGCCCUUGCCAAAGUAUUUGUGUGA